AUCCAGCUAUCUGCGUUCUAUAAUUUUCUUUCAAAUCGCACCAAACGGACAAAAGUGUUUGCGCCGCAUAAAUAUUUAAAAUGAGUUUACAAUGUUUGCCCUUACUUGAAAUAAAUAAACUAGCUGGUUUAAGUAGGUGGUUUUGCAGGUAAACUAGAAUAGAAACCCGCGAUUCCUGUUUAACUUUAAGAAUGGGGGUCGCCAGAGAAAUCCUGGAUUAUGCGAGACUAAGACGGCCGGAAAAGCGUAAAAUUUCAAAAGACGAUCUCCACCAAAACACUCUCCAAGCUUCAAUGAAAGUACCCAUUAUUUUGAUGCAGAUUUUUGGGUUCUUUCCAUUGGAUGGAAUUUGCGGACCGACUUACAAGUCAUUGCAAUUUAGAUGGUUGUCACUGAAACUCCUCUAUUCCGUUCUAAGCAUAGUGGGUUACACUUUCAAUUUCGUUUUGUAUUGUCUUCAUCUCAGCAGCCAUAUUGAGAAUAUUUUGGACAUCAAUGCACUCUUCUUCCACAUAGAAUCGAUAAUCAUGGCAAUGUUGUUUUUGCAUUUGGCAACGAAGUGGUCUCGUUUCGUGAAACAAUGGCACAACGUAGAAAUCGCCAUGAAAAAUUACGAACCGCCUCGAAACUUAAAACGAAAAAUUUCGAUAACAUUGAUCGUUUUCUUGGGAGUCGCUUUGGUCGAACACGGGAUGAUGGUCAUCAACAGAGUAGUACUGUGCUUUAAGUUUUGCCACGGCGAUUGGUAUGCCGCGUGGUAUGAGUACUUCGCCAAUCGUACAUUUUACGAUGUUUUUAUAGUUGUCCCCUACCGUGGGUGGGGCGGGGCUUUGUUACAGUUCUUAAUUGUUCAAAAAACCUUCAUAUGGAACUUCGUCGACAUAUUCGUAGUUUUGAUCAGUACCUGCUUCACGGUUCGCUUGAAGCAAAUAACCAUCAAAGCAACGAGCUUAUCCAAAACGCAAGUGACGGACGUAUACAUCUGGAAAAACAUCAGGGAAGACUAUAUCAAACUGUCAAAACUAUGCGACUCCAUCAACGACCACUUGUCUUGGUUCAUCAUGAUCUCCUACGCGACCAACAUCUACCACAUUCUGUCCCAACUGUUUAGCAGUUUGAAGCCGAAAGAAGACGUCUUCGAGAAAAUCUACUUCUUCAUAUCGUUUUUCCUGCUCAUUAUGCGAAUUACGUCCGUUUGUAUUUUCGGCGGCGGCGUCUACGACGAAAAGGCGGAGAUUGCGAAAGUUUUGACAUCGGUACCAUCGUCGGUAUACAAUAUAGAGGUAGAGCGUUUCAUUACCCAUCUGGCAACUUGCGAAAUGGUUCUGACCGGGAAAAACUUCUUCAGGAUUACCAGAAAUUUAAUACUGCAGAUAGCAAGCGCGAUAGUAUCGUACGAACUUGUGCUGAUCCAGUUCAACCUAAAAGAUUUUAAAAAUAAAACUCUUUCGCAAAACGCCAGCGAAACGAUGAGAGUUUUAAGAAAGAUCCGCUCCAACACAUCCUUGACUAUUGAACAGGACGAUCCCAUUACCAUAGCAACGCCCACGUUUCACGAGAGUAUCCGAUUCGCUUUGGUGAUGGCUCAGAUUUUUGGAAUCAUGCCUCUAUACGGGACGACAGUGGCGACCACGAAAAAACUCCAAGACAUUAAGUUCGAGUGGGUCAGCUUGAAGAUGGUUUUCGCCCUGUUUCACAUCAUCGGAACCCUAGCGGCUGGGGUAUUCUGCAUGUUAAAAAUGGCGCUUCAUGGUUUCGUGAUAGACGAAACUGCCAUAAUGGUUUUCUACAUGAUGAACGGUUUCUGCGCGAUUCAUUAUAUUUAUUUGGCAGCAAAAUGGAGAACGAUUUUGAAAGAAUGGACCUGCGUGGAAAUAUCUAUGAAAAGUUAUAGGAAUGCGAAGAACGUAAAACGUAUCAACAUUUUUACCACCGUCGUUUUCAUGUUUUUCGGAAUAAUCGAGCACACUCUUUAUAUAUUGUCCGCGGUGCAAACCGCAUCGAAAUGCGACAAUUUCAAGAAACACCCGGUAGAAAUUUAUUUCGGAUGUUCGUUUCCCCAUUACUUCACCCUCCUGAGCUACAAUCACUGGGCUGCUGCCGUGGUAGAGUUUUCGAAUUUUCUGGCUACCUUCACUUGGAAUUUUACCGACCUCUUCAUUAUAUUGAUUAGUAUAUCACUAAGAGAGAAAUUCAAUCAAAUAAGUGACAAAAUAAGGCAAUCUAAGAACGUGCACGACAAAUUUUGGAAAACGAUUCGAGAAGAUCACUUAAAAGUCUCGAACUUGACGAGAGCAAUGGACAGCCACAUCGCCGCCAUCGUACUUUUCAGUUUCAUUAACAAUAUCUUUUUCCUGUGCAUCCAGCUUUACAACAGCAUAAAGUAA